GUUCUCUUGCCUCGCCAUGCCGCCGUGGGGCGCCGCCCUCGCCCUGCUCCUGGCCGCGCUUGCCCUGCUUGGCCUGCUCGCCCGGCGGCUGCGGCGCCGGGAGAGGGGCGCCGUCGGAGCCAGGACCCUGCCGGGGGCCCAGGGCCAGGACGACGGCGAGGAGGUGGACGGCGGAAGCCUGGCAAAUCAGUUUAGCGACGCGCGUGAGCCGCUGCCCGGCGGGUGCAGGCUCAUCUGUAAGCCGUCGGCGCUGGCCCAGUGCCUGCUGCGCGCCUUGCGACGCUCGGCAGCGCUGGAGCCCGGCCCGCGCUCCUGGCUCUCGGGUCCCCACCUGCAGACCCUCUGCCACUUCGUGUUGCCGGUGGGGCCAGGGCCUGAGCUGGCCCGGGAGUACCUGCAGUUGGUGGACGACGGGCUGGUGGCCCUGGACUGGGUGGUGGGACCUUGUGCCCGGGGCCGCCGGGUCACCAACGCCGGGGGCCUUCCGGCGGUGCUAUUGGUGAUACCCAAUGCGUGGGGACGCCUCACCCGCAACGUGCUGGGCCUCUGCCUGCUCGCCCUGGAGCGUGGCUACUAUCCUGUCAUCUUCCACCGCCGCGGCCACCACGGCUGUCCGCUGGUCAGCCCCCGGCUGCAGCCUUUCGGGGACCCGUCGGAUCUCAAGGAGGCGGUCACUUACAUCCGCUUCCGACACCCGGCGGCCCCGCUGUUCGCUGUGAGCGAAGGCUCAGGCUCGGCACUGUUGCUGUCCUACCUGGGCGAGUGCGGCUCCUCCAGCUACGUGACCGGCGCCGCCUGCAUCUCGCCGGUGCUGCGCUGCCGCGAAUGGUUUGAAGCCGGCCUGCCCUGGCCCUACGAGUGGGGCUUUCUACUCCACCAGAAGAUCGCCCUCAGCAGGUAUGCCACGGCGCUGGAGGACACAGUGGACACCCGCAAACUGUUCAGGAGCCGCUCCCUGCGAGAGUUUGAGGAGACCCUCUUCUGCCACACUAAGAGUUUCCCCAUUAGCUGGGACACCUACUGGGACCACAACGACCCGCUCCGGGAUGUGGACGAGGCCGCUGUACCUGUGCUGUGUAUCUGUAGCUCUGAUGACCCUGUGUGCGGGCCCGCAGACCACUUUCUGCCCACUGAACUCUUUCACAGCAACCCCUACUUCUUCCUCCUGCUCAGUCACCAUGGAGGCCACUGCGGUUUCCUACGUCAGGAGCCCUUGCCAGCCUGGAGCCACGAAGUCAUCUUGGAGUACUUCCGAGCCUUGACUGAGUUCUUCCGAACAGAAGAGAGGAUAAAAGGGCUGAGUAGGCGCCGAGCUUCGUUUCUAGGGGGCCGGCGUCGCUGGGGAACCCUGCAGAAGCGGGAGGUCUCUCCCUCGUCCAGUCUGGAAGACAUCUUUAGCUGGAAGCGAUCAUAUACGAGGUGAGACCUGGCCCCAGAACCUGCCUGUCCUGCAAGGAAGAAUAAAACUGGACAUGGCAGAGUCCUGAAGAGCUGGUGAGGACAGCGGGCAAGCGGCUCCAGCUCUUGGCCACUGAUUCAGCCCCUUCUCUCUUAAAGUGACCUGUGGAAAGCGGUGGAACUUCCAGCUAACUGGCGCUCACUUUACUCUGAGCAGAACUGCUGCCCAUGCUCUCCUCAACACAUUCCUGCUCAGCGGCUGGGCAUUCUCCAUCACUGUCUCCUGUCACGCAUCUCCACAAGCCAAAGAAUAGCAGCAUUCAAGCCCGUGGACUCUGGAGAAAAUGCUCUCUCUCUAGCAACGACUACAAAGAUGAGUUAUGUGUGACAUUGGGUAGCUCUCUCCCACAUAAAUAAUCAGCUCUGUGACUCGGAUUCUCAAGCUGGAGCCACUUGAUGUAGAGAGGACAGGAUGUUUGUGUCUCGGUCCCACUUCCCUCAUUUCGUUCUGCCGUGGUGACAUUCUGGCUGACUUCAUGCGGUGGCAGCUAUGGAAGCAGGCUCAUGGAGCCACGUGGCUGCGUCAGUUUUAUGUGAGUGUGAGAAAGGUGGCAAAGGCAGUAAGUGCAGUGCUAAGGCCGGGUGGGUGAGAGCGACGAGGUAGAGUGUGAAUGCCUGUUUCUGUAAUACUCAGGUCCAGUCUUUCCGACAAUUUCUGCAAGUCUCGGGUGGGCAUGCGGCUGGUCUGCAGCUUCAGCCUAGAACCUCAAGCUUCACUGGAGAGAUGCCAAGAAUGAUUUUAGGAACAGGAAGUCCUUGCACGCCAUCUGCUAGACCACGGCUCAAGGAGCCAGACUCUCAGGCACUCUAGCUGCUUCCUCUGGUACCAUUUCUGGGGAUUACUCCAGAGAGAACCUAGCCAGAGCUGUUUUUCUCCUGAGAUGCGGGCUUUCUCUAAGUGGUGAAAAGUAUAAACCUCACAUCUUAGCUGUUUUCUUGUUAGCUACCCUCUUUUCUGACAUUACUACCAGCCUCUUCCUCUCCAGAGCCUGGAGAGACAUCUGGGACCAGAGAAAACAAAACUUGUAAGAGGUUGGUUAGAGCUGACUCAGCAAUUUAUGAAUAUUUCGCAUUGCUAUGUUUUUUCUGCUCAGUUAUUCAAAAGGCCAUCCAUGUAGAUGCAGAAAACGUUUCUUCCUGGAUCUGGCCACUCGGUGACUGAGUGGGUGUUUGAUUUUAUGAGGAAUAAUGCUGAAGACCAGAGUAGAAUAAGGCAUUGUACAGAUUGAUCCACACAGGCUGGUUUGGAUCAGGCCAUUCAAUAAUACAACUGGACCUCUGGCUCCACGUGCUGCUAAGAGCUUUGCCCUGAAGUUUUACUUUGUCGUUGAGAAAGAGGGCCCAUGUUUUGACAGGAAGCUCUAUCCUGGUCUCGCAAACAGCAAAACAAUUUUAAAGAGGAAAAAUGUUUACUGAAGCCAUGUCCUAAGGCUUGGUACCAGGACUUCCUGGGGCCGUGACUUCAGGUUUGGGUAAUCUUAAGCCUUGUUCUUCUAGAUCAGGGGUGUCAAAACUGCGGCCUGUGGGCCAACUGCGGUCUGCAAUCCAUUGUUAAUUGGCCCGCAACAAAUUCCAAAAAUAUAUUUAGUUUACUUAAAUAAACCAGGUGAGGCAAUACGUCCUUCACCUCGAGUGAGUGGCCCGGCUGUUUGUGUAUUUUACCACAUAAGGCCCUUGGUGAAAACCGUUGAAAAAAGUUUUGACACCCCGGUUCUAGAUCAAAGAAGAAGAAACUCUGAACUAUCUGAGAAUCUACACUGAGACGCAGACAACACUCCCUUGUCUAAGGCACAUUCUCCUGUCAUGAAAAAAUGUACCUCCUUCCUUGCCCACUUCUUGCUCCUCCACAUUCCUCCUCUAACGUUCUUUCUCUUUCACCGUUUCUGAGGAGGAGAAAUAACAAGGAACUGAAAUCUAAAGAAGCCACUCUCCUCCUGGUUAACAGCCUUGUGGUCUCACUUGGUGAGGGAGAAUUGAUGACAUCAGGCCACGCCCCUCCCCCAGCACCUGGUACAGUGGGAAUUUCAGUUAAUUAGGGUCCUGCAGUCCCAUAUGCAAGACCCUAGGAUCAUUCAGAGCUGACUGCAAAAUGGGAAGGAGCCCAGUGGUUUUUAACCCCCCCACCCCGACUUAAAUGGCCCCUAAGAGCUAAAUCUGUGUUGUUUCUCUAAGACAGAUACGACGGGACUCUGGUUCUUUAAGAUAAUAGCUUUUGGAGAAAUUGUGGUUGGUUUUCCUGUCUUUUUUUUUUUUUUCCAAAUAGGAAAGAAAGCCUGUGGAAGGGAUAUAUAUGAUCUUAAAGCUCUCAGAACAGCCCUAGUCCUAAUUCCUUUGGACCCACAAUCCUAAUGACCUAAACCCUUAAGCAUUUCUCCUGCGUGUCCCUUGUGCCAAAUGUGCUCAUAGCCCAUCUCAGGAAGCUACUUAUCUCUUAUCUUCCCCUCACUAUGUGACAGCAUCACUGCUUUUCAGCUCAUUUUUGCCAAGAAAGUGUAGUUCCUGUUCAAGCAGAUUUGGGAGACCUUGUCCUUCAGUCUAAGGGUGAAGGAAUCACCCAAAUUGGCUCUGCUUCGAUUAAUAGCUAAUUAUAUGGAGCCAAUUGGAGAAACCCUACACACACUAUUCUGAGACAUAUGUGGCCCUUGAACAAAAUGACAAAUUAUAAGUCUGAGAAAGCAAGAAAAAAAAUAACAAAACAAACCCAAAGAAGUACCACUGAGUUGGGGUUUUCCAAGUAGCAAGUUUUUGGCAAUCCUCUCAGGCCUCAUUCACUUGCUUGCCUCCCUUUUGGUCUCUUCAUUAUUUAUAAACACCUUCAAAUGGUAAGGAAACAAACAAAAACAACCCAGUGACUUAAAGGAGGUAUUAUCUCAGAAGUAGAGACUGAGUCCUCUGUACCCAUGGAUCAGAAUGCAGGAAGCAGACAACUGCCUCUACAGGUUUGAGUUCUACCAAGUUCUGACCUCUGAUACUAAAGACUCUGCUAAGCUAGAACUUAAUUCUCUUAAAGAUUUUAUGUAUUUAUACAUAGGUUUCCAGGGUGGCUUGGGUGGAGACAACAGUAUGACAAGGAAAGCACCAAAUCCUCGCUCUGAGAAGACACCAUCUCUGUUUUGAGUGAAGACAUACCUUCUGAGACUUGAGUACUGCUAGAAAAAAGGUCUUGACACAGGAAGUGUUACCUUGGCUUUCUAAAGAACCUCAAAACCACCCCUGAGUCAGAAGCUCGUCUGUACUCAUCUUCCGCCUGGACCACAAGCUCCUGUCAGUCAGUCACCCUCGGUAAUGCCCAGGACGCUUUCUUUACAGAUGAACUUUAGCACGGAUUCAUCUCCUUGCUUAAACAAGCACAUACACUUGGCCACUUUGGUUGAACUUGAUAACAAUGGCAAUAGGAGUAUUUGUGAUUCUACAGCCAAGCCACUAAGGAUGGCAUCAGAAAUUGUUUUCAUAGUUAUCACAGCUGGCAGAGUAAGACUGAGGAAUUAUACUUAAGAGUAUUCGAGUGCCCGGAUAAGGAAAACGCCAGCUCAGGAAGCAGUUAAGUCCCAUGUCAUCGGUGGGCUAUGCAAGCUAGACUGUCACUUGGCAUGUAUCAUGUAGGGGACAUGUGCCGAGAAAUGAGGAGCCUACAUAUAAGGUCUCUUCUCAUCUGGGAGUCGGUGAGUUAAAAUAAUGCUAAUGAGCAGUGGGUUCUGGUCGAUUUAUGGGCUUGAGGAUCAGGAGAUCACAGAUGUGAUCUGGAUUCUGGGAGUUGGGAGACCUAACGAUUUUACUGAACAUAAUCCUGCUAAAGUGACCACAGGAUGGUUUUAAGAUACUCAAUAAUUAUGCUCUAACGUGUCCAGGAAGAGCUAAAAGUUUGAAGGAAAAAUGGAAUUUCAUUAAAACAAACGACAAAAGACACUAACACAUCAAAAGCCAAUGCCUCGAGCCCCUGUGACCUUCCUGUGUAAAAUACUGUUAUUACUAGUGUGGUUGAACAAAACUCUCUCUGACUUGUUUGCCUCUGAAUACUAAAUAAAUUGCAGUCUCCCUGCAACAAUGGAAUGUCAUUGUUUUUUAAAUCUCCAGAAACAAAAUGUGCUGUUUAUCUUCUGAAGCCCUCUGUGUACUGAGCCCUGCUUACCUAUCUGUAGAGUUAACAGUCUCUCUGCACAUUCUCUAUUUGCUGGUUGUUGCUUCACUUCUGUAGAUCUAGCCUUGGGUCCUCUAACACUAACCAAUGG